AUGUCUCCCAAGGGCCCCUUCCGUCUCGUCACUGUCAACACUGCUCCCGAGAGAGCUAAGCGCUUGAUCGGUCGCCUUAUCGAGGCUCUUAAGGACCGCUACACUAUCAUCCACGUUGACAACUGCGAGAAGAUCGAGGAGGUCGAACCCAAGGUCAAGGAGCACAUGCCUGACGUUUUGUUCAGCGCUUCCAUGUGGACUGCCGAGCAGGCUCAGGAGAUCCACUCCAUUGCUCGUUCGAUCAACCCCACCAUCAAGCUCCACGCCAUCCCCGAAGGCCUUCAGGUCGAGCGCGGCCCCGAUGCCAUCGUCGAAUACCUUGUCGAGAAGGUCCCUCCGUUGUUGGAUGCUUAA